AUGGUAAAAACAACUAUACGAGAGUUGGAAAGCGGCUAUAAAUUGUUGUUUAAUAAGCAUAAUUGUGAAAUUGACGCAACAACUCAAGUGAUUCCUUAUGAAACGUCAAAACCAGCAGAAAGUUUGGUUAUUGAAUCACACAAUCAAACUACUACAACAACUACAGAGACAUUGCAGUCAGAAAAUAUUAAUCCAGACAUCAAUGAAGGGGCAACAAAUGAGUUAAUUCCUGAAAACCAGCACGAAACCAUUAUUGAUUCUCCUGUCGAUCAAAUGGCAGAAAGUUCUCCUGAACUGGUGACCGAUUCUUUGAUUGAAAUGAGUCCUGAAAAUUCACCUGCGCCUAUUGCCGAAAAUCAUUUAGAAACUAUUACUGAUUCUCCUGUAGAUCAAAUGGCAGAAAAUUCUCCUGGACUAGUCACAGAUUCUUUGGCUGAAAUGAGUCCUGAAAGUUCAUCUGCGCCAAUUGCGGAUAGCCAUCUAGAAACUAUUACUGAAUCUCCAACCGAUCAAGUGCAGGAAAGCUCUCCCGAGCAAGUCACUGAUUCCUCUGUUGAACCAAACCCAGAAAGUCAACCGGAAAUUGUAAUUGAGGAAAAUUCUGAAACAAAACCAGAAACUAUUACCAAUUCUCCUGUCGAUCAAAUGGCAGAAAAUUCUCCUGAACUGGUGACUAAUUCUUUGAUUGAAGUGAGUCCUGAAAAUUCACCUUUGCCUAUUGCCGAAAGUCAACCAGAAACUAUCACUGAUUCUCCUGCCAAUCAAAUGGCAGAAAGUUUUCCUGAACUAGUCACUGAUUCUUUAGUUGAGCCGAUCCCAGAAAGUUCACCUGCGCCUAUUGUUGAAAGCAAUCAUGAAACUAUUAUUGAUCCUCUUGUCGAUCAAAUGGCAGAAAGCUCUCCUGAACUAGUCACAGAUUCUUUGGCUGAAAUGAGUCCUGAAAGUUCAUCUGCGCCAAUUGCGGAUAGCCAUCUAGAAACUAUUACUGAAUCUCCAACCGAUCAAGUGCAGGAAAGCUCUCCCGAGCAAGUCACUGAUUCCUCUGUUGAACCAAACCCAGAAAGUCAACCGGAAAUUGUAAUUGAGGAAAAUUCUGAAACAAAACCAGAAACUAUUACUAAUUCUCCUGAACUGGUGACCGAUUCUUUGAUUGAAGUGAGUCCGGAAAAUUCACCUGCGCCUAUUGCCGAAAGUCAUUUAGAAACUAUUACUGAUUCUCCUGUUGAUCAAAUGGCAGAAAGUUCUUUUGAGCUAGUCACUGACUCUUUGGUUGAACCAAACCCAGAAAGUAAACCGGAAUUUGUGAUUAAUGAAAAUUCAGAAACACAACCAGAGAUCGUUACUAAUGCGCCCAAUAACCCUAAUUCCGAAAAUCAAUUACACGAACAACCAGCAAUUUUAUCUCCUUCAACCCAAAAUGAACUGGCAGAAAUUGAACAGCAGUCAGCUGCGUUAAACACUUCACAAUGUCAAACAUGUGAUAUGGAAUCUUGCAAAAAUUGGACGCAAAGAACUCUUGACAUGCAAGUUGGUCAACGUCAAAUAGUGAAAGGUAAAAUUUUAAAUUUAUCCAUAUUUCCGAUAGAUUACACUUUAAAGUUGGACUUUGAUGUAAGUUAA